GAGUGACACCACGAGAGAUGGACGCAGCCGCUGCGCUGCGGUUGUUGGUUUUGAUGGCGGCGUGUCUUCGCCCCGGCCGCCCCGAGUAUUUGACACCCCCGUACUUCAACUUGGCAGAGGGACGUCGUGUCACAGCCACCGCCACUUGCGGAGAAGGUGUUAACGAACCUGAACUUUUUUGUAAACUUAUCGGUGCCAAUUCGGACGUACUUAGGGAACAAGACAAUUUACUGAUACAAGGACAAGUUUGCGAUCAUUGUGACCCCAGCAACCCUCUCAAGACGCAUCCUCCGGAGUACGCCGUGGACGGGACAGAGACCUGGUGGCAGAGUCCUCCGUUGUCCAGAGGGUCAAAGUACAACGAGGUCAACCUCACAAUCGACCUGGGUCAGGAAUUUCACGUAGCAUACGUUUACAUAAAAAUGGCAAACUCGCCUCGGCCUGGUGUAUGGAUUUUAGAAAAAUCAGCUGACAACGGAAAAACCUAUGAGCCGUGGCAGUACUUUGCUGAUACAAAGGCAGACUGUGUGAGGUGGUUUGGACCAGACAGUCUUGAGCCUAUUAACAAAGACACUUCUGUUGUCUGUGAAACUCAAUAUUCCAAAAUUGUUCCACUCGAAAAUGGAGAGAUUUUUGUGUCUUUGCUGCUCAACCGUCCGUCAGCCAACGACUUUGUCAACUCGACCUCACUGCAGGAGUGGACCAGAGCCACCAAUGUCAGAUUCCGAUUCCUUAGGACUAAGAACCUGCUUGGACACUUGAUGGCGGUCGAAAGACAGGACCCCUCCGUCACUCGAAGAUACUUCUACUCCAUCAAAGAUAUCAGUAUUGGAGGGCGAUGUCGUUGUAAUGGCCACGCAGACUCUUGUGAGAUCACAGACCCCAAAGACGCCUACAAACUUCUGUGUAACUGUCAGCAUCACACCUGCGGCGACAACUGUGAGCGCUGCUGUCCUGGGUUUGAACAGAAGGCGUGGAGUCAGUCCAAGGCAAAUAAGCUGUUUGUUUGUGAACCAUGCAACUGUUUUGGCCACACGGAGCAUUGUGAGUACAAUGCAACCAUUGACCGACUGCAGCUCUCCCUGGACAUUCAUGGUAACUACGAGGGUGGGGGAGUGUGUCAGAACUGUAGAGACCACACAAAAGGCAUCAACUGUAACCAGUGUGAGGACGGCUACUACCGGCCUAACGGCUACCACUGGAACCAGACCGACGUCUGUCAACCAUGUCAAUGCAAUGAUCAUCGCUACACUGGCAACUGUGAAGAAGGUUCUGGGAUUUGCGAGUGCAGGGUUGAGUAUUUGGCACCCAACUGUGACGACUGCAGCUAUGGAUACUUUGGAUAUCCGAACUGUCGGCCUUGUGAGUGUUUUCUUAACGGCACCCGCAGUUAUGUCUGUGAAGCACAGGGAGGGCAAUGUCCCUGCAAACCCAACUUCGGUGGCAAGUUGUGUAGAGAGUGUAGCCCAGGCUUCUAUGGCUUCCCUGAGUGCUUGCCCUGUGAGUGUAACCCUCUGGGCAUGACUUCUGACAUCUGUGACGCAGUCAGUGGCAACUGUAGCUGCAGCAGUAACUUUGGAGGUCGGACGUGCGAUCGUUGCGGAGACGGAUACUACGACUUCCCACAGUGCAAGUAUUGUCAGUGUGAUGUGAAAGGAACAGAACCCGGAGUUUGUGACAAGUCAACAGGAGCGUGUCUGUGCAAGCCGGGCUACGGCGGACCGCGGUGUGAUCAGUGUGUGGCCGGUUACAACGGCUAUCCUGACUGUAAGCCGUGUGGCUGCAGUGAGGUCGGCAGUGCGUCCAAGGUUUGUGAUGCCUCUGGCCGUUGCCCUUGCCUAUUCAACUUUGCUGGCAAGACUUGUGAACAGUGCAGUCCCGGAUACUACAAAUACCCGGACUGCCUUUCUUGUGACUGUAAUGCCUACGGCUCCAUCGGUCUAUCGUGUGAUAACGAAGGCAAAUGCCAGUGCAAGCCACAGUUUGACGGAACCCAUUGUGAAAUGUGUAAAGAAGGACUCUACAACUUUCCACUCUGUGAAGAAUGCAACUGCAACCCGGCUGGCGUGGUUGACUCGUUCCGCGGCUGUGGCUCGGUCCCGGCCGGAGAGUUGUGUCAAUGCAAGCCCAGAGUGACUGGUCGUAUUUGUGACACUUGUCGUCCGCUCUACUACAACCUGCAGCCCUACAACCCUGAGGGAUGUGAAGAAUGUGACUGUCAUGUGGCCGGUGUGGUUGGCAACAUUGCCGAAUGUAACCCCAAGUCAGGCCAGUGUGUGUGCAAGCCUGCAGUGUCCGGACAGCGCUGUGACACAUGUGCGCCGGGCACCUAUGACUUGCGCCAGGACAACAUAUUUGGAUGUACAGACUGUGGCUGUGACGUGGGUGGUUCCGUGACCAAGGCUUGUAAUAAGGAGACUGGCCAAUGUAUCUGCCAGCCCCGCAUCACCGGACGCACCUGCAAGGAACCCCUGCAGACCCACUACUUCCCCACACUGCAUCAGUUCCUGUAUGAGGUGGAGGACGGUAUUACUCCGGACAAAACACCAAUCAGGUACAAGUACGACGAGGAUAUCUUCCCUGGAUACUCCUGGAAAGGAUACGCUGUGUUUUCACCAAUACAGAAUGAAGUGAUUCGUGACGACGUGUACAUUGUGAAGCCCUCACUUUACCGAAUGGUGCUGCGCUACGUCAACUUCAACAAUGAGACAGUGACUGGACACAUCAAGAUCACGCCCGAGAGUCAGAGCGACACGGAGCAGACGUUUGUGGUCGCGUUCAAACCCACAAGAACACCAGCGUUUGUCACUGUGGCCGGCCCCAGCAACGGAAUACCUUCACCUCUUGUCAUGAACCCUGGGCAGUGGGCUGUGUCGAUCAAAACUGAGAAGAAUUUGUUUUUGGACUAUUUCGUUCUUCUACCAGGAGCGUUUUACGAAGCAGCCAUCUUGGUAAACCAAGUAACAACUCCGUGCAAGGUGGGAGAGAUCCAUGCUUGCCGCUACUUCAGCUACCCGAAUCUAACACAGUAUGACCAGGUGCAAGGAGAAGGGGCGUACGUAAUUGAUGGAAACACACGGGAAAAUUACCUUGACUCGUUCUCGCUGGAUGUUUCGGAGCCUGACAUCGCCCCCCAUCACAAGAUCCCCAUGUUGACCAACAGCCAGCCUCAGUUGUUGUUUGACCUGCGAGUGACCAAGCCUGGGCCGCACAUGGUGCUGGUCAGCUACAUCACGCCCAGGGACCAACGUGCCAGCGUCCAGCUCGAGGUAUCUGCAAGAACUCAGACAGAGCAGGAGAAGGGGAGUGUUACGCUGCAACCUUGCGAUUACACCAUUGUGUGCAAACAUGUAGCACUCGACAAACACGGCAGAGUGGCCAUCUUCAACCUUGACUCUAACUUUGUCAGCAUCGGCUUGAAGAAAGAAGGAGAAGGAAGUGUUGCUAUUGAAUCGGUUGUAGCUGUACCUGAAGACUCGUGGAAUCUGGACUAUGUCAAGCCUAAGCCAGUCUGUGUCAGGAAGAAUGGCAAAUGUGUCCAAUCAACAUUUUACACACCUGCUGAGGCGAAAAAGAUUGAGUUUGAAGAGGGCAAUGACGCACAGUUUGCCAACAACUUGCCUGCCAACAUCUUCAGCAACACGACUGGCCUGAUAAUCCUGCGUGAGGAGGACAACGUUGUCGACAUAACAGGCAAAGUCCCGGCCCCUGGACCCUACAAGUUUGUCAUCCACUAUUACCAACCAGACCAUCCAGAGUUUGAGCUGGACGUUAUCCUACAGAACGGCCAGUUCUACGAGGCCAAGUUGCCAGUGGUCCACUGCCCAGCCACUUCGGGCUGUAGAGCUCUCGUGCGACAACCUGAUGGCAACACUGACUUCCAACUCACCGAGAACUUUGUCCUCACUCUCAAGUCACCGCCGUUCAAGAAGGUGUGGCUUGACUAUGUGCUGAUACUUCCUCUAGACACCAACGUAGAGAGAGUGAUGCCUGAGGAGGCUCUAGAUCAGACGGCAGAGUUUAUAUCUCAGUGUGGCAAAGACAGCUACUACAUCGACCAACACUCCAGAGGUUUCUGCCGAGAUGCUGUGUUCUCCAUCACAUCAGCCUACAAUAACGGAGCCUUGCCGUGCCAGUGUGACUUUGACGGAUCACUCAGUUUUGAGUGUGAACAGUUUGGUGGUCAGUGUCCCUGCAAGCCCAAUGUGAUCGGUCGCAAGUGUGAGGCCUGCAAGACUGGGUACUUCGGGUUUCCCGACUGCAAAUCUUGUAACUGUCCUUCUGAUGCUGUGUGUACUCCUACUGGUGAAUGUGUCUGUCCGAUGCACGUGGUUGGAGAGAGGUGCGAUCAAUGUGAGGCGUACACUUACGGCUACGACUCAGUGAUUGGUUGCUCUGAGUGCAACUGUAACCGCCUCGGCGUGGAGAACAGCCUGCAAUGUGACUUGUUGACCGGAGUCUGUGGAUGCAAACCCAAUGUUGUAGGGAGAACAUGUGACAGAUGCCAGGCUGGCUUUUGGCAGUUCCCGUAUUGCCAGAACUGUGACUGUGACUUGCGAGGGACUACAGAUGCUAUCUGUGAUCAAGUGACUGCAGAGUGUUUCUGUAAAGCGAACGUUUAUGGUCAAGCUUGUGAUCUAUGCAAAGAAGGAAGCUUCAACAUUCAACAGAAGACUGAAAAAGGCUGCACAGAGUGUUUCUGCUUUGGUAAGACCUCGAGGUGUACAAGCUCCAGCCUCUACAAGGAUCAGAUUAGAGACGGAGAGGGUUGGAAGUUGUCAGUGGCCAACCUCGGGAAGGUGAUCAGUUUGGAAGACACGGAUGUGAGUGUGGAGAUGAUUAGUCCGGACAACCUCGGUGCAGACUUGACUAAGGAAGUAUUCCAGAACCAAACAGUGUACUUCUCAGCCCCGGCCGCUUACCUUGGCAAGAGACUGACGUCGUACGGUGGAGCUCUCAACUACUCUAUAUUCUACACUCCUGGACCAUUUGGCUCAGCUAUGGGUGGGCCUGAUGUAAUCAUCCGAGGAGCUGAUAUCUACCUGCUACACUUUGCGCUCGAGCAGCCAGCUGCGACUGAGACAUACCCAGCAACACUUGACCUGGUAGAGAGCAACUUUGUGUUACCAUCAGGACUACCAACUACUCGGGAACAGAUGAUGCAAGUGUUGGAACGAGUGCAGGGCUUGUACAUCAGAGCUACUUACUGGGAAGACAGUGUCACUACGAGGUUGAUGAGGUUCAGCCUAGACUCUGCGUCUGACCGCUACGACCCGGUGGCUGGGUUUGCUCUGUCUGUGGAGCAAUGUCACUGUCCCGCAGCGUACACAGGACUGUCCUGUGAGGAGUGUGCGGACGGCUACUACCGCGCGGCCACAGGACCCUACGGAGGCUUCUGUGUCCCUUGUCAAUGCCACGGCCAUGCCACCACCUGCGAUAAGAUCACUGGCGUCUGCAUUGAUUGCAAGCACAACACGACUGGAGAACACUGUGAGAACUGUGUUGUUGGUUACCAUGGCAACGCAACCACAGGCACCCCCUACGACUGCCUCAUAUGUGCCUGCCCCCUCCCCAUCCCAUCCAACAAUUUUGCUACAUCUUGUGAGUUAAGUGAGGAUGGAGACAAGAUCAGCUGUCAGUGCUCUCCAGGAUAUUUCGGUGCACGAUGCGAGUCUUGCGCUGCCGGAUUCUACGGGAGACCUGAACAACCAGGGGAUUACUGCAAGCCGUGUGACUGUUCUGGCAACAUAGAUCCAUCGGACCCUCGUUCCUGUGACACAGUGACGGGUAACUGUACCAACUGUCUGCACAACACAUUUGGUGGUGCUUGCCAACUCUGCGCGCCCGGCUACUUCGGUGACGCCAAGCUGCGUGACUGCCAGAGUUGUGUUUGUGAUCGUUGUGGGACCCAGGAGUGUGAUCAUGCGACUGGACGCUGCCAAUGUCUACCCAACGUGGUCGGGGAGAAGUGCGACCGCUGUGAUGACAAACACUACGGCUUCUCUGCUUGUCAGGGUUGCAAGGCCUGCGACUGCCAGCUUGCGUCGGAGAGUUUGCAGUGUGACGAUAUCUCUGGGCAGUGUCGCUGCAAACCAGGAGUAAUGGGGCUAAACUGUGACCGAUGCGCCACUGGCUACUGGCAAUACAGCGCGCAAGGCUGUGUCUCAUGUGGCUGCAACACAGAAUACAGUAUAGGAGCCAGCUGCAACGCCAGCACUGGUCAGUGUGAGUGUUUGCCUGGAGUGGUGGGAGAGAAGUGUGACCGAUGUCCUCCACGCUGGGUCCUCAUCCCCGACCAGGGCUGCUUUCAGUGCGAGACCUGUCACCACGCACUGCUCGACGUCACCGACGACCUCCACCGCAAACUGGCCCCCAUCAGCGGCGAGUUCGAGACGGUUGCAGCCAGUUACUUCACCAACCAGAGACUCAAAUAUUUCAACGACAGCGUUGUCAAGCUGAGGCCUGAUGUCGAUGCGUUGCCUUCCAAUAAAGUGGACAUCUCUCCUUACAACAACAAGGUCAACGACAUCGAGUCUGAUGCUCGGGGACUUAACAGAAAGGCUGAGUACAAGGUAGAAGCAGCCAAGGUGUCUGGAGGUGGCAAGCUGAAGGACGAUGCCAGGGAGGUGGAGUCCUUGGUGUUGGCGACAGUCAGGACAUCUCAGGACACAGUCAGGGAGAUUCAAGACUUGGCGCUCAGCUUGGAAACAAGUUCAGGACCUCAAAUUGACCAUGCUCUGGACGAGGCGAAACAUAUCUUGGAAAAGAUCAAUGAAGUUGACUUCAGUAAUACAGAGCAAGAAGCUAUGCAGGGUAAAGACAAGGCGGCAGAUUUACUUGAUAAGAUGAGAGCAUUUGCGGGGCCUCCGGACAACAUGACUGAAGCGUUGGAGUCUCUGCGCGACCGCAUCUUCCAAGUUGACACAAAACUAAACGAUCUUCUCAACCACACACAAGUGGCACAGGACAACGCUAGGAAGGUUGAGGCACUCAAUGCCAAGAAUAGAAACUCAAGUUUAACAGGGCAUGUUAACACAGUCAAGUAUCUGACCAAGGAUGGCAACCUCACCUUGAGCGACUCUAGAGAACUUGUCAAGAACGCUUCAGCACUUCUGAAUAGUGCCAAGGCUGCUUUGAGUGAUUUGACCGACCAGCGAUCACAGCUGGAGAUAGCCAAAACAGAACUGGAGCAGAAGACGCAGGAUCAGAGUGACGGGCUGAAUAAAGUUAACGAAGUUGUGUCAGCGGCAACAACACACGCUAAUGAGCUAACGGCUCGUGCACAGCAGCUGGACCAUCUACUGACGGACACACGAGACAGUGCAGACAGUGCGAUCAAGGCGGCCAAUGCGUAUGCGGAUAUUGUCACCGCCAUCGGCAAUGCCAGCCAGGCAGCCGAGGACGCUAUCAAGGCGGCAGAUGACACCACCAGCAAGUCGGAAAACAUUGUCAGCAACAGCAAUGGAGUGAAGGAGAAGAAUGACGAGCUGCUGAAGAAGAUUUACGAGAUGGAAGAUGCUCUUAGAGCUGCGGACGGCCCGAGUAAGCAACUGGAAGCAACCAAAGACGACCUGAGCCACGUGAAACGGAUGAACAAUCACAUCAACAACACCUACAACCAAGUCAAGAGAGGGCUUGAGAACAUUCCUCAGUUGGAGUUGACGGGUGUUUACGACUCUGGAAACCUGGACGCAGUGACAGAUUCUGCCCGCAGAGCUCUAGACCAGAUUAACCAGAAUGCUGCUGACAUUCCGCAGAAACUUCAGACUGUCAAACAGCUGCACAAGGAUAACCAACAUGCUCUAGAUAACGUCAAGAUUGCAAACAACGAGUUGGACAAAGUCAACAGUAUUCUACCUGACAUGAUAGAACUCGUUGAACAGCUAAAAGAGAAACCUCAAGAGCUGAAGAAGAUGGCUGAGACAAUAAAAGAUGACCUAGAAGAUCUAAAGCAAAAAGUAAAGAUGGCUAGGGACUUAGCUAACAGAAUCAAAGUUGGAGCUACUUUCUUCCGCAACACAACUUUGGAACUGAGAAACCCAGACAGCAUUACUCACCAGGGUUUGAACUCCCAUGUCUCUGUGUAUUUCAAGACUCCAGAGCCCAACGGUCUGAUCAUCUACCUCGGAAAUGAGAAAGGCACAAGUCGCAAGAUGAGAAGAUCUAAUUCUGAUGAUUUUAUGGCUCUCCAACUGGAGAAUGGUUACCCCGUGUUGACCAUUGACCUGGGCUCGGGUCCUGAGCAGAUCAACAACAACAAGUAUGUGUCCGACGACAAGUGGUACCAGGCAGUUGUGGACAGGACUGGUAAGAGCGUUCAGUUCAAGAUAAGAGAGGAAAUCACACCAGAAUACAUCAGAGAACACCCAGUGGAACACGUUCUCAAGGGAACAUCUACUUUGCUUAACCUGGACAAGGAUCUCUCUAAACUGUUUGUGGGAGGUUUCCCAGUCACGUUCGACGUACAACCUUCGCUUAAGUCCUCUUUUGAAGGCCACAUUGAAGAGCUUGUUAUAGGUGACUCCCAAGUUGGACUUUGGAACUUUGAAGAUGCCGCUAACCUCAACAAAGGCUCUAUCGAGAGAGAUAAACUCCUCAAUGUAUCCAUGAGCACUGGUUACCGCUUCAAUGGGGAAGGAUAUGCUGUGAUUGAUGGCCAAACCUACGGGGUCAAGAAACGCUCAGACAUCAAGAUGUCGUUUAAGACCUUUGCAGAAGAUGGACUCUUGUUUUUGACCUACGGUAAACAGCCCAGGAACAAGAGACAGGCUGAGGACAACCAUAUGAUGUCCAUUGAAAUGAGAGGAGGAAAGAUUAUCUAUCAGUACUACAUGGGGACAGAGCAUGUGUUGCUACAGACAGACAGGAGUUACAACGACGGCCAGUGGCACUCGGUGUCUGCUGCUCGCAAGGGACUGGCCGGCUCUCUGGUAAUGGACAACAGACAGGACGAGGCCAAGCAAUACAGACCUUCUAGCACCCAGGGCGAAGACCUGCUGGUACAAAAGACGUUCUACUUUGGAGGAACACCAAGAGAUGUGGCUGUGGAGGGGGUAACGAACAUCGGCUUUGACGGCUGCAUAGACGAGGUCCAAGUCGGACAAACAAGUAUCGACCUCAGCAAUAACAUCAAUGUCUUUGGAGUUUCCCCCGGCUGUCCUGUCAAGUUUGCUGGGGUGAUCUCAUUUGAAGAGGGAGCCCGAGGCUAUGCCAGGUGGGGCAAUGCCACUGCAAGAGACAACAUUGUACAGCUGAUCCUCAAGAUCAAGACUACCAACCCGAACGGUCUCAUUGCCUAUGCUGUAGACGGCAGUGCUUCCUCCUCACUGCAACUGGUUGAUGGAAACAUUGUCUUCAAAAGUGGAGGACAGGAGGUAUCUAGCAGCCCAGCUACCAAGUACAACGACGGCCACUGGCACGUGAUAGUGGCUACUUCUCAGACCGGGGAACCUCUGCUGCUGGACAUCGAUGACUACGACAACUUCAAAUCACCCGACACUGCUGUAGCAAUGAGGCUGCUCUACAGCAACCUGUACUUUGGUGGUGUACCAUCACGAGUGGACGCAGCACUCGCAUUGCAGCCACAGUUCUCAGGGUGCAUCGGAGACGCGACACUCAACGGUGUCGUAGUAAACUUCGCAAACCUCACGGACACUAGUCAAGCCAUUGUCGGAAAGUGUUUGUGGGAUGAGGAGAUCAAACCACCGUUCUCCAUCCCACCUGGACGGCCAGAGCUACCAAUCUCCGGAGAGCUGCCAGGGCCGGAGGACAUUGGUGGAGCAGUGAAGGGUCCUGAAGAAGAGGAUGACAUCAGUCCUGAAGAACCACCUGAGGAAGUGUCGGACUCGCCAGUUUCAGUUGAAGUGGACAGGUUUGGGCCCCCCGCUCCAUCCACGGAGCCGCCAACGCCAGCUCCUACCCCGGUGCCGAACUGCAAAUUACCCCUGUACCCUGCCACAGACUCUGCGGUUGGACCUCAAAGUGGGGUUAGAUUUGGCACCAAGUUUGGAAGCAGAGUAGAAUAUGAUCCUCUACCAGGUCGACUGAGAAACAAAUUUGACUUUUCCGUCAAAAUAAAAACUGUUUCCACAGAAGGCAUCAUACUAUAUGUCCAUGAUCAGAAACACAUUGAUUUCAUAGCACUGUACCUUAAGGAUGGAAGGGUCCACUACGGCUACAACUGUGGGUCCGGCGCAGCGCUGCUUGAGAGCGACAACCCUGUCAAUGACGGAGAAUGGCACUCGAUACGCAUCUCACGCACGCAAACCAAUGGCAAGCUGUACAUCGACGACUUCCUUGUACGCGAGGGAGAGUCCAAGGGAAGCACAAAGACUAUCAACGUCCUUCCUCCCGUCUAUCUAGGAGGCAUUGACCCCAAGAUCUCUGAUAACACCAAGACUAACCUUAAGGGUCUGAACCAUACAUUUGAAGGUUGCUUGAAGGACUUCAGCUUAAACGACAAACCAAUUACAUCUCCGUCCAAACCCAUCGGAGUCAUCCCCUGCUCGGACAAUGUUGAGGUGGGAGCCUUCUUCUCACCCGAGGGUGGCUACAUCAAAUUCUCUGACAAGUUCCGAGUUGGAGUGGAGAUUGACAUCAAGCUUGAGAUCAAACCUCGUGACCUGUCUGGAAUGUUAGUCUCUGUGCAUUCCAAAAAGGACUACCUGUUGCUGCAGAUGAUUGAUGGGACAAUACGCUUCAGUGUGGACAACGGCAAAGGGGAGAUCUGGGCAGCGUACAAGCCACCUACCCCUCACUACUUCUGUGAUGGGCAAUGGCACAAUAUACAGGCUGUGAAGUCAAAGAACGUUGUUAGUUUAUCAGUUGACAAGACCUUUGUGGAACCUGGUAUUGGAACAUCAAGUUCAACGGAUACUAAACAUCCGCUGUACAUCGGAGGGCAUCCGAUCAAGAGCAAAGGACUGCGUGGGUUGUUGACCAACGCUCAGUACGUCGGGUGUAUACGCAAUUUGGAGAUCAACGGACGGCAAGAGGCUCUCAACCGACUGCCUACGUACGGCAAUGUCACUCAGUCUGUCUGUCCCACAAUAUAAACAUCACACUCAAGAGAGAAAGAACAUGUUUGCUGACUUCAGAACCUGAGGAAAUGUUGCGAUGGGGGAAUGAAUAUUCAGAAAAUAUAAAAUCUACAGAUACAGUCAGAUUUAUUUGCCCUUUCAUCUGUUGUGAGGUCAAAUUUUAAAAUCAUGUAACCUUUCAUAUAUUUACUAUCUCACCGACGCAAAAAUUUGUUGUGUGAAACUUUUUAAGCUGAACUAACCUUAUUAAAUAUCUGCCUGAAUUAAGUAUUUUUUAUUGUUAGCAACGAUAUUGCAAUGCUUCAAAGUGCGGAUGAUUUAGAACCUAACUACAUUGUUUGUUCAUCCAAUCAUCCUAAUAUGUGUCUUUUGAAUAAUCCUCUGAAUUGUAAAUAAUCUUGGCGUUCAUUACCUUAUGACGCAAUUACCCUUUUUUAUUAUUACGAGAUACUUGAUAUAUUAUGUAGGAAAGUAAUAUAAACCUCUAGACUUUCCUAAAUUUUUGAAGUUAUUAAACUUAGUUUUUUAUCUCCUUUCUUACCCUAUUACCUUAUUAUUAUUUGCUUUAUUUAGUUUAUCUUUUUGCAACACCUUAAUCACUUUAAUUGAUUAUCAUAGUUUGUUUAUUCAAUAAAUAAUAUU